AUGCCGAGAACAGGCUCGGACAGGACAAAAUUGAGUGACACUUUAUCAGGGACACCUCAAGCAGAGAGAACUGUGCGGCGCUCCUGUCGUCUGGCCCAGAAAACUGGUCUCGAGCCGGUGGUACCACCAACGACAAGUGACAGGGUGCGAAGCGCACGAACGGAGUCGUCGAGUGAUCCUAGCUCGGAGCCUGAUAAAGAGCCAAGCUCUUUGAAAGUCUGUCAAAGGCAACGCGCUGGUAACAGAGGUACUGUGUCGCAGAAAGAUGGUGCUUCGGAGACGGAGCAGGCGCCUGUCGCACCAGUAGAGACGCCGGUGCGCCUACCAGUCGUCCGCCGACGAUCCCGGCGAGUGCAAGCCGCAAAAGAUGUUCCAGUUAGUGAACCAGAAACCGCAACAUCGAAGGAGCACCAGACGGCACGAGACAGUGCGGCUCCAGGCAUGCACCAUAGCGCGAAUAACGCAAACAUACCCUCAGCGCAAGCAGGUUCAGCCUCCGUAGCUUUUGCACAGACCACGCGCAAGGUAUUCCCGACUGAGGAGCCUGCUUCAGAUUCCAGACACCCAGCAUCAGCAUCAGCAGAAUCAGCAUCAGCAUCAGCAGAAUCAGCAUCAGCAGAAGAGCGUACACCUGCAAUUUCGGCGAAUGCGUCUGUGCUGGGGACUGGAGCGCCUACCUCCCCAUCAAAUGGGGUGCUUGCCCCUGACUACAGACGUUCAGCAUCCACACGAGACCGCCGGUUGUCGGAGCAAGUCGACAGCGCACGCCCCAGGGCGGAAUGGCUUCGCGAGGCGCCGCCAUUAUCAGAUGCUUGCCCUUCGUUACAGCAGCCUACAGCGCAAUGGAAUCGAUCCCAGCGGAAACGUGACCCAUGCUCCGAUUCACUGGGAACAUCCGGCUCGCCUUCGAGACGCCGUCGCGUGAUCAACACAGCGAGAGCGUCAGAACGGGUUACCUCUUCGACAUCAGUGCCACCUACACCGACAUUGUCACCGGCUAGUACUCAGGCGCUGGCCGCUAGUGCGGCAUCCACGGCAGAUACAGGAUACACUGCAGCAGGCAAGCUCGAUGAGCGCUGCGCUCUGUCAGCGAGUACCGAUGAUGGCGGCGACGUACCUGCACACCGUCCAUGUUCAUCGACAGCGCCUGCCUAUCGGGAUGCAUCAGAGCGGCCAGCGGAAAAGCGCUGCUCCACCGACGUCCGCGAAUAUCGCUCCGGGCAUGCAGCGUCGACCUGGAAUGCAGCACAUGGACGUGCCGCUGGCUUGGUGCCGCAUUCAUCCCAGAAUUCGGCUACGCAGUCAGCAGCAGCAGCAGCAGCAGCACAGGUAUCGCACCCAGUUGCUCCAAAGAUGCGCAAUCAAGGAUCUAGGUGUCUGUCCGAGCACGCUCAAAGUGAGUCUUCUCCCGAUCUGCGUGAGAUGGUAUUGAAGCAGCGCAUCCGAAGAGCGCUCGCGAGUGUACGAGAACCUUUGCCAACGACAGCAGGGGACACAGGUGCGGAACCAGCGCUCAGCGAUGCUUCAUGUGCGCGCUUUCCCGUCCAGCAGUCUACGACAGUUUAUGCGGAUGCUCGUUCACAGAUGUCGUGUGCCUCAGGUCUGGACAGGCCCCAUGGGCGCUCGUCGAAUCAGCAGCACCAGCACGAGCACCAUCAACAGCAACUGCGGAUUCGCCAAAGUUCGCCACAGAGCCAGGUUGCGCGUGAUGCUCACAGGUGUGCUGGCGCUGGCCCGCUCGAGCACCAGUUCCGUAGCCGUAAUUGCACCCCAGAUGACAGGCACUCGAGUCACCGUGAAUCUCCGCAGCGAAAGCGAAUGCCAAAUGAGCGGUCUGCAAUGAUCGCUCAAGCACCUGUUCGUGCAGUCUUUCCAGCGCAAGGCACGGCACUGGUAGACCCGCAUGCAUCGAAACCGCUCCUCAUGGCAUCGAAACAUGAAUGGGCGUUGAUGGCAAGUGCGAAGAAAGCGAGCCCAUCCCCGAUGCCGCUUCGAGCUCACGUGCCUGCCGCAACUGAACCACGUGAGCACUACAGACCGCCGGAUAUCGGGCGCGUUGCCGAUGAAGCCGCCAAACUGGUCAAGGCUGCUGCUGCUGCUGGUGCUGGUGUUGCUGGUGGUGGUGGUGCUUCCACUGAGGCGGAGCCCCCGGCCCGGAUGGCCACGAGAGCCGCCCUCGGUGUUGCAGCGCAUUCUUCGGACGCUGAAGCAGAGCUGCUCUGCAUGCUGUGGCUGCAUGGUCCGGAUGUGUCGAGUCAGCCAGCUCGACGGCUAAUCCUGCGGAACCUGCCUCCUUCAACAAAUGAGCACGACCUGUAUAGCUAUCUGGUGCACGUCAUGGCGGCUACAUGUUGUUUCGCCUACGAUUAUAUCGGAUGGCAUCAACGGUUUGCGCAUUGGCAUGCAAAGCAACGUCGAGCUGCUGGUAUGCUCGCUGCAGCAGGCCGAUACAGACAGCAGAGCGAACGGCUUCCGGAGCGGAACGACGCUCGGGGUCCCGGUGUCAAUGAAUCCUCAAGAGGCCAAGCUCAGAGCAGUCUUCUGCGGGAGCUUCGUUUAACGCCCGUCUGGGAACUGCAGGUGCUUUGGAAAAGUCGCACCGCCUUUGUCGAGUGUCUCACUGUCCAGGAAACGACUGGCCUGGUGCAGUUGAGCGGUUUGCUCUUCCAGGGAUACCAAAUAGUGAUCUCGCGACCGCGUGAAUUCGACGCGGAACUCUGGUUGAGCUCGAAUCCACUUCCAGCGGAAGCAGCUGAGGCUCUGCGACUGCCUCCAGCUCGUUUUCACCGAGCCGCUGUGGCGGAGAGUCAAAUGAGCCCCAACGUUUGGCCUGCAUCCGAUUCACGGACACCAGCAGGAGCGUUUUACGGCCAUAUCCGCGGCAUUCCUCUUCAUCUCACCGAAUAUACGAUGAUUCAGUGGUUACGCACAGCGCUGGUCGGUUGGCCGUGGCAGCUCAGUGCGUUUCAUUUGGCCAGAGAGGGGCGCUCAGGCCUGAGUCGGGGCUUUGCGCACUUCCGCCUGGAUCGAUGCAGAGCCGCAGACUGCACCUCGUUGGACCAGGGCGUCACAAAUGCGACGCAAGCAGCUUCUGAGAUGCGCACCGUUGCGUCAGAGCGUCUCGCAACAGUGGAUCCCGAAGUGGAACGCCUUGUCGAGCAUCUGCGUUCGCAUCUGCUACCAGGGCUCUCACGUCCGCUGAUCAUUCGGCAAGCGAACCCUAUGCACCCACGAGAGAGCAAGUCGACACCCGAAGCACCAGAUGCACAGGGCGAAGCGUGCUCUCCCCGGGUACCGCAUCAUGCGGCUUCUGCUGCGGAUGUCUCGGAAAACGCCUCAGCGUCGAUGGUCACAGCGCAUGUGGACGGCAGGAGCACGGAAGCAAGUGUGCUCGCGCUCGUGCGUCUUCUGCGUCCGGAGCUCUUCGCGGAUACGCAAGAGCGGACUGAAGCCAUCGAUGACGUCACAGAGGAGCUGCGUCAGUAUGGAUCCAUCGAGGAGGUGGCAUUGGACGAGCGCCCCAAUGAACCCGAGGCCGGCACCGUGUACGUUCGUUUCACCAAAGCUGCUGACGCGGCCGCCGCGGCCGACGCCAUGCAGCACAGACGCUUCGAGCAGCGUCCAGUGAAUGCCGAACUUCUCAGUGUCUUCGACAUGAGAGCUCGCCUCGGCGAUACCAGGUCCAUGCAGCAAACCGUGGUCGUUCUACCGGAGGUGGUGGACCCACAAGCCUUUCUAGAUGAGGAGGAACGUGCGGAUAUCGCCAUGGAUAUCAGAGAGGAAAUGCUUCAGUUCGCUGAAAAGGUGGAGGUAGAGAUUCCGCUUCCACCGCAUCCCGAGGCCGGCGCAGCGUUCAUUCGUUUUCCUGACCGAGUCAGUGCUGAGAAGGCUCUGUCGUCGUUACAGGGUCGCUUUUUCGACGGAAGACCGGUGCGGCCCUACCUGCGGUAA